AUGCCAAAAAGGAAUUCUACCCGGUCCGAUACCUCCAAAUCGUCAAGCUCCAGACAAUCAAUAGGUUUUCAGUAUGCGAACCAAUCACCUACCACAAGCAAAACCAGUCUCAGCAGUAGCGGCCUCACUAGAGUGAUGAGUACCAUCUAUGAGACAUUCUCAGGCUCCAAACAAAUGACUGGUCUUGAUGGUGAGGAAAUGGAUCCUGGCCUUCGCACACCACCCGACACUUCAUCCGGCUUUUCACUUACACUAGGAAGUCCGGCCGGUCUGGCUAAGAAACGACGCCCUAGUAUUCGUGGAAGCAAGGGCAGUGGAGUCAUGAAGUCUCGACGCAGUGAAAUGGAGAGGGUGGUGGCGACAACAAAGAAGGCCACGCUAGCAAUUUUGGCCAAAACAGAAUUGGAGGGAACUCGGUUUGGCUAUAUGGCGAACCAAUGGACCGCUCCUGAACUGUACUCUACUUCCGUGGAGUACCCAAACGUGACCACUAUGGUUAGGGUCGUGGCAGGAGACACAUAUGACCGGGCCCUCGAGAUGCAAGACGCUGGCAGCACCACCGAUCACAUGCCAGUAUGUGUCCUCAACUUUGCCAAUGCCUUUAACCCCGGUGGAGGCUGGCUCGGUGGUUCUCAAGCCCAAGAGGAACAACUUUGCUACCGAAGCACUCUCAUCGAUACUCUCCAUACCCGGUUCUAUCCAAUGGAAGAUUUGGAGUGUCUCUAUUCACCCAAUGUGAUUGUUUUCCGAAAGAGCGUGGACAGCAAGUAUAGCUUCAUGGCAGGGGGCGGCGAGCUACACCUGAACCCUACUGUUAGCGUUAUUAGCAUGGCAGCGCGGGACAAACCUGGAUUAGUGAACGCCGACGGACUCACAUAUAAGGACGCGGCACAGAAAUGUCUCAUGAUAGCCAAGAUGCAACUGAUUCUACGCACGGCAGCACACAACAAUCACCGCCGCUUGGUCCUCGGUGCCAUUGGUUGUGGGGCCUUUCGCCAUCCCGCUCAGGUGGUAGCCGAAUGUUGGUACGAAGUUCUCAUGAAAGAAGAGUUCAAGGGGUGGUUUGAGAAGAUUUAUUUUGUGAUCAGAGACUCUCCCGCUGAGAACAAGCUUGGAACUUUCGUAGAGACAUUGGAUGGUUUGAACAUCGGAUGA